AUGAUCUUUACAAACAUCAGAGAUAUCACACGGGGGAGAAGCCAUAUUCCUGUCCAGAGUGUGGGAAAUGUUUUUCACAGAAGUCUCAUCUUUCCAGUCAUCAGAGAUCUCACACGGGGGAAAAGCCGUAUUCCUGUCAUGAGUGCGGGAAAUGUUUUUCACAGAAGUCCAAUCUUAACAGACAUCAGAGAUCUCACAUGGGGGAGAAGCCGUAUUCCUGUCCUGAGUGCGGGAAAUGUUUUUUCACAGAAAUCCAGUCUUAACAAGCAUCAGAGAUCUCACAAAAGGGAGAAGCCGUAUUCCUGUCCUGAGUGCGGGAAAUGUUUUUCAAGGAAGUCCCAUCUUUACACACAUCAGAGAUCUCACACGGGUGAGAAGCCAUAUUCCUGUCCUGAGUGCGGGAAGUAUUUCUGUUCUAAAUCCAAUCUUAAUGUGCAUAAAAGAUCUCACACGGGGGAGAAGCCAUAUUCUUGUACUGAGUGCAGUAAAUGUUUUUCACAGAUGUAUCAACUUUAUAAACAUCAGAGAUCUCACAUGGGGGAGAAGCUAUAUUCCUGUCCAGAGUGUGGGAAAUUUUUUUCAGACAAGUCCAGUCUUCACACACAUCAGAAAUCUCACACAAAGGAGAAGUCAUAUUCCUGUCCUGAUCUGCACACACAUCAGAGAUCUCACACGGGGGAGAAACCAUAUUCCUGUCCUGAAUGCGGGAAAUGUUUUUCAAUGAAGUUCAGUCUUCACAUACAUCAGAGAUCUCACACAGGGGAGAAGCCGUAUUCCUGUCCUGAGUGUGGGAAAUGUUUUUCAGAGAAGUCCAGUCUGCACAAACAUCAGAGAUCUCACACAGGGGAGAAGCCGUAUUCCUGUCCUGAGUGUGGGAAAUGUUUUUCACAGAAGUCCAGUCUGCUCACACAUCAGAGAUCUCACACGGGAGAGAAGCCAUAUUCCUGUCCUGAGUGUGAGAAAUGUUUUUCAGAGAAGUCCAGUCUGCUCAAACAUCGGAGAUCUCACACAGGGGAGAAGCCAUAUUCCUGUCCUGAGUGCAGGAAAUGUUUUUCAUGGAGGUCCAAUCUCUCCAAACAUCAGAGAUCUCACACAGGGGAGUAA